ACUCGAUUCUUUCUGCUGCCUUCCGUUCCACCACCGUGCGUUAUGAAGCGUCUACCUGGAUACUUACCAUCUUUACGCAAAUUUAGGUGACUUUCUUCCCCCUCCUCCCCCACCCACCACCGACUUGGAUUCUACUUUAUGAUGAUUUUGGAUAUGUACCAUCGGGAUGAAGAGAACCCUUUCCCUGUCCGCCGAAGUAAGAUAAAAUAUGGUUUCGCGCACACUGAAGUUACUCCUCUCGUUCCAUAUGAAGAAGACAAACAUUUGGAUAUGCACCUGUGUCUAUUUAUUGCUGUACAUACCAGUUGCUGCCUAUUCCAGUGAAAUAGGAAAUCCCAUAACAGAUGACAUCAAAAAAAUUUCAUUGUUGAAACAGAAUAUCCCGAAAGACUACAAGAUUACACUACAUUAUAUACCAAAAGAAGUGAGUGGUAUGUGCUGGGUGAAGCUUAAUGUAUUUCACUUGGAGGUGAGCUUAAAAGGCCUGAUGCAGAAGUUUGGGAAUAUAUCCUCCAAUAAAGAUAAUAUAGGCACUUUUGUCCAAAUACUGCAAGAGAUGCGGUACCACAUGGGACUUGGCUUGGAGGAUUCAAUGCUAGAAUUUGAGUGUCACUACAUAGAGGAGAUGUGGCUUACAGCAAGGUAUUUUGAAUUUGUUGUGGACUUUUUCAACACUGCCAAUUCGUCGAGAGAAACUGAGGACUGCGAGCCUCCGGCAUGCCCCACAUCCACAAAAACAACAGUUACGACAACCACAACAGUGUCGACAACAUCAGCGAAGCAUACUGCAAAUGAGAGACUCAGUGGUUCUCCUGAUGAUACAGAAAAAGGGGUCCUCCUUCCAAAAGUGGUGGAGUACAGCCUAUUGUCACUCCUCGCCAUCCCGUUAAUUGCAGUGGUGUUUCUGCUGUUCUGGAAGAUUAAAUCCAGCAGAAAUGCCCCCCAAACUGAACGGAGCGUAGAAGAAGGCCCUGCUCUUUUCCCAGGAGAGGAAGCAAAUAUACCCCCAUUAGAUGUGGAGAUAUCUGAAAAAAACAGAUUAAAUAUUGUCAGGGCAGUGUAAAUCCAGCUCCCAGUUUAAUCAGCACAAGUAAUAGUGUCUUUGAGUUAUAAAGUAUUAACUUAAUCUGUUUUUACACAACUUCUAUUACAUUUUUAUGGAAGUUGCAACACUAAUCUUGUUUCUCAUUAACACACCAUUUCAUUCGCUCCUUCAGAUGGCACAAUGGACAGAAACAAGGAAGCAUCACCUCUGAAAGAUUCUCACGUCUUUUACCGAACUGCUAGCUGUGAAGGACACAUACUGGCCUGAAACAAAAUAACUGCUCUUUGAGGACCAAUGUCCUCUCUUAACAACACUGGCAAGCCCUUUGGGGCUAGAUACGGAUGCUCCUUUUUCUGAGAACUUCUGAGAAUUGCUCUUCACGCUCUUUAACACUUCCUUCUCCUCUUGGAGAUCACAAGGAGACUGUGCAGGAGGAAUUUGAUGAAAAACAGAACACAAACAAAAUGGCAUUGGAUUCAUCUGGAGAUUGAGUUCGCAUUUUUGAGAGCCGCAGUUCAGAAGGAGAGCAGCCAUAUGUUGCAUGAGAAAAUAUGGCUAUAUCUAAAAGGAGUUACAGCAGAACUUACUACCUCCAUCAGCACUGGUCCAUCUCCUUCUGCCAUUCUUUGUUCCUUUGUCUUCUCUCUUUUCUUUGGUCUGGGUGUCCAGAUAGACACCUUUCCAUUUUUUCAGUGCUUGAAUAAGUAAAUCCAUUCUCAGAUUGUAUCAUCUGAUUUGUGAAUUGUUUUUAUUGUCAAUAUAAACUGGUGGUGUGGACUUAAUUUAUUUAUUUUCUGAAUAUGAAAUGACACCUGCAUGGCAUCAUAUAAUGAUUGAGAUAAUAAAUAAUUACCUCAAUCCUAAAACA